UACUUUAUAUUCAAAAAAUAUAUAAAACAAAAAAAGUCAAACAUACUCUCUUCUCUUAAUCUUAAAAAGUAAUAAUAUUUUUUAUUAAGACCUCAAAAGUAUUAGCUUAGUUAGAUAUUAAAAACAAGGGCAAAUAGCAUUAAAAUUAGAAUCAGUCACCUCUAACAUAUAAUUCUAAUGCAAAAUUAAAUGACAAGUAGCAUCACAAAUAGCAGUUUAAGCAAUGGCAGUUCUAACAUUACUAAUUAAAUCUAAUCUCCUUAGGUGUCAAAUCAAAACUACUUUUCAAUUAGAGGGCUGAAUUGUAUUUUCACAUCUUCUAUUCCAUGUUCCAGCAACUAAUCCUGUAAUCCUUAUAUUGUUAUGAAGAUUAAUGGAUAAAAUAUUAUUAGCUCAGUUUGCAAGGUCGUAAGUAACUCUGCUUUUUGGAACGAUUGCUUAUCUUUGAGAGUUGAAUAAGACUAGCUAGAAAAGCUAAUCACUGUUGAAAUACAUAAUUAUACCUUGUAUUAGACUGAGAGAGAUCUUUUUGACUCUAGUUAUGAUGAAAAAGAUUAUCUUGGUGGUGGAAUUAUUGAUUUAACUGAUGUUAUUUCUCAGCGCGUUCAUAACAAAUACUAUAAUAACAAUAGCAAUAAUAGUUUUACCAUUUUACAAAGCAAUAGCUAAACAAAUAUUAGCAGUGUUGUUGAUGGUAAAUCCUCUCAGUUAUCAAAUAUUACAGGAAGCAUAAUUAGCAGUGGUUCAAGUAGCAACUCUUCUAAUAACAAUUAAAACAGUGUAGUUUAUUUAGGAUAAACUAAAAUUAUUAAUAAGGAAGGUAUAGUGAUUGGCUCUCUUUAGUUUAAUAUGCACAAAGAUAACUAACAAAAUAGUAACAAUAUCUACUCUAAUACUACUUCUACCUAAAAUACACAAUAAGUGGUAUUAGACGAAAAUUACAAAUCUAUAACUACUAAAUUGAACGAAAUAAUACCUCAGAUCAACAAGAACAUGCAAAUGCUUUAAUAGUCUAUUUCUUAUCAUAAUCAAGCAAAACCAACUGAAUAUAUGAAUAAGAGAGAUACUUUCUAUGAAGAAAAAGAAUUUUUAACUAAUAAAAAUACAAUCUAGACCCCAAGUAGUAGCAAACAAAUCGUUUUUAAUAACAAUAUGGUAUCUCAGCCCAUGAAUUACAAUUUAAAAAACAACCCUUAUCUUAUUUAUACAAUGAAAUCCACUAUUACUGAGCAUGAAGAUUAAUCAUAUACUAACACUAACUAUUAAUACACUCAGCAAAAUGUUGAAAAUUCUUAAACCCCUCGCUUAUACUCAUAUAACACUAUACAAUUAGGAGAAGAAGAUAGAAUUAAUUAAAAUUAUGGAAAUAGUAAUUCUAUUGAUGAAAGCAAUUCUUCUAACUUCCAAGAAGAUUGUGAUUAGUAUGAUUAAGCUUCUAAUUAUUCUUAAGAUAAUGAAGCUUAAUAGGAACAGAUUCAUUAAAUUGCUUAAAAUUAGAAGAAUUCUGAAUAAUUAUUAUUGCAACCAAAUAUUGCAAUGAAUGAAUAUUAAAAUACAAACACAGUCAUCUCUCCUUUAAGAGAUAUUCAUGAUAAAAAUUGUAUUUCUUCCCUUUCUCUUUCAUAAAAUGGUAAAAAAUAUGUCGGAUUUCAAAGCUAAUUUGGCUAAGCUGUUUAGUACCCUCAAAUUUAUAGCUAAUAACAGCAUUAACACAUACAAUAGAAUUAAGUAGGUUUAAUUAAUUUGUAAAAUAUUUCAUAUUAGUAAUAUACAGGAACUGCACCAACCAUCUCUACCUGCUCAUAAAGAAAUAAUUAAAUCAAUUAAGUUCCAUACUCAAAUUUUUCAUAAGCAAUCUAAGUCUUAGGCUAGAAUUCAAUGAACACUUUACCUAAUCAAUCAAACCAAUUUUAAUUUUAAAACAAUUUCAUAAGAACUGUUUAAUCUUAAAAGACAAUAGUAAAUAAAAUACAACAAGCAACCCCUAAUCUUAAUCAGUAUCCCUCUCCCUCUGUUAUACAGUAUCAAAAUAAUGGUAUAAAUUAAAUAGCAAAUACAACAAACAAUACUGUGGCUACACCUGGAGCAAUUUAAAAAGUCAAUUUAGGAGUUUCAACAUCUCGUUAACCUUUUAGUGCUGCUGCUACUCCAUUUAAGAACCAAAGAAAUGCCUAGAAUUUCUACUAACCAUUUUGA